AAAAAAUUAUAAUAGAAUGUAAAAAAUGAGAAACUUGCCAGCAGUCACGUCGUACAACUUUUGCUACAAAUUUUUUACAGAAUCCGUUUAUUCGUUUUUUUUGAGGAUUUUUUUCUCGUUUUCGGCGAGGCGUUGAUGAGGAGGGGAAUUCCUCCAGGACUAUGCCGAUGAUCGUGGGGUGGCACUCCACUAAUGGCCAAAUGCCCACCCCUCGCAGCUUCCACGUACUGAAAUAAUUCAAUUGUUCGUGCCGCACAGAAAGCGACGCGGAAAAAUUAAAAUAGUGAGGAACACAACACCAUAAAAAAAAAACAAGAGAAAAUGCCGAAAAAACGUUCUCCCUGACAACAAUAUUGUACGUAUUGCGUACUUAUGGUCUAUAUAGAUUUCCAUGCAUUCUUUUUUGCAAAUUUAUUGACAAACAAAUGGGAUUUUGACGGUGCCGUCAGCAAGUCAAUAAAGCCGAGUCACAAAAUUGUCAGUUUCAAGUGCUUGAGCAAAUUUCACAAUCAACAAAAGUGGACGACAAAAAAUGGUGCUUCUACUAUACCGGUGGUCGGUGGUGGUGGUAAGACCAAGUGGUUUGGGCGGUGCAAGGUGUAUGAAAGUUAUGCCGCUGGCUACAAAUUGGAAAACCAUUUUAGCGCUAAUGAAGAUCCACCCAUUGCUUGUAGCGCCAUCGCAAAUAAAAAACUUUUAUGA